AUCACCUCAGCCCAAAGAAACGAACACAUCUGAUGCUACUACCGAUGAUGCCAUCGAGCCGCCUUUUGGCAAGGAGGUGGAGGAUGUGUAGGAAUGAGAAGUCUACGAACACAUACAGGUGAUGUGGUGGUAGCAACUCUGACCGGUGAAGAUGUUGCCCAUGGUAAAACCUGAUUCUGAUCAGAAGAGUGAGGAUGAGUAUUGGCUUAUUUGGAGCAAUGGAUAUAUAAUGCCAAUCAGAAGUGUAUCAAGUCAUCAUUGCAUCUUCUGUCUUUGGAGAAACAACUUUAUCUCAAAUCCCUCCUGCUAUCACAAUGAAACAAUUUAUCGUCCUUACAGCCUUGGCCAUGGCCUUGAUGCCCAAUGCCCAGUUCCCAUAUGUCAGGGAUUCCACAUCCUACGCCAACGUUGUGGGCAACACCAGAUCGGCCGCCACCUUGGUCGAGCUCAAACCCAUUGCCAUUGUCCGCUCCACCUUCAACGGUCCCACUGGCGAGAAUCCGGACUUUGACUUCUCCUACGAGACUGAGAAUGGUAUUAAGCAGGAAGCCACUGGGACAAUGAAAGACAUUGGCGGCACCGAGGUGAUGGUCAUGCGGGGUAGCUACAGCUACAUUGACGAGAACGGAGAAGACGUGCUCGUCUCUUGGGAGGCCGAUGAAAUGGGCUUCCGAGCCGAGUCUGAAUCCCUGCCCAUUGCCCCCGAGAUUCCCUUCCCCGAUCAAGCAGAAGCCGUUGCGGCUCAGAUCCGAUUUGCUCAGGAGGAAAGGGCCCGCAGUGCCAACAGUGGUUCAUCGGCCUCUGACAUUAGUUACGCCCACUCCAACUCACAAGGGCCUCAAAUCCCUACCGUUCGAGCCUCAUCCAACACUGGAGCUGGCCGUGCCCCUGUUGCCGUCCGCGCUCAGGCUUUUAAUCAAAACACAGAAGCCGGUCCGCCCGGACCUAAGGUCUUUGCCGCUCGUGCCUCCAAUGGCUACGGAGCUAUCGGUGCUCCGGCGCCAAUUGUUGCUUCAGCCCGUGCUCAACCUCCCCUACCUACUUACGGUGUCCCUACCCGUGGCAUUGCCUUGGCCGAAGUGGCAGCCGAGCCUUUGCAUUCUUUCACGGAGAGCAACAACGCACGUGUGACUUCUGUUCAAGGCAAAUCUCGCGAACAGCCUUCUUACGUGCGAUUCCUCUUGGAAUAGGGGGGGAUUAGGGAUUUGGGCGGAGAGAUUCAUGCUGCCCUUAUUUAUCAUUAUUCCAUUUUUGAUCAU